CGGAGGGGAGGCGUGUGUCUGCCAGCUACCUUUCUGACACACUGUAUCGUGAGGCCCAGGUGAGACAGUGUUUGUAAGGAUUCUGAGCAGCACUCACACACCCGUGUCUACGUACAUACACCUACAACUGAAGAAUUUCUCAUAGUAGGAACCAAAGAUGUGGAUUUUAUUCCACUUAGCAGCCCUGACAGCAGUGGCUGCGACCCAGAGGGACUGUUCUCGGGGGGCCUGUUACCCCCCUAUGGGAGACCUGCUCCUCGGUAGGGAACAUCAGCUUCAUGCCUCCUCCACCUGCGGCCUUGCCGGCUCUGAGGUGUUUUGCACCUACUUUGGACAGUGGAGGAUGAAGUGCUGUACCUGUGACUCCAGGAACCCAUCCAGUCAGUUGGCUCACACCAUCCAGAACGUUCUAUCCACCGCUGGACCCAACAAGUGGUGGCAGGCCAGGAAAGACGUGAGUCCGGUCACCCUACAGUUGGACCUACAGAACCUGUUUCAGCUGGACACCAUCAUUCUGACCUUCAAGGGUCCCCACCCUAGUGCGCUGGUGGUGGAGAGGACGUUGGAUAAUGGUCAAACCUGGCAACCGUCACUCUACAUGGCCUCAGACUGUCGCUCGGCCUUCCCUGGCAUUGCCAUGACUAUGCCACGCUCUCUGGACCAGACCUACUGCUACACCCUACCCCCUGCCAACUCUUACCAGGACCAGACCAUUCAGUUCAGCCCCUUGCGCCAGUUCUCUAGCAUCAGUGUCCCCAAUGGGCAGAAGAUUCAAGAGGUGUCAGGAUUGACAGGCCUGCGGGUGAAGUUGACUGAGCUGGGUGCUGUGCCCCGCUUGCCUGGCCGCACCCCCUCUCUGUUUUAUGCCCUCGGAGAGAUGAGAGUGAUGGGCACCUGCCUCUGCCACGGCCAUGCCAACCGCUGUCUGCAGGAUACUACUGCCAACCAGAUGCCUAGCACACAGGUUAGUGCUCAGUGUGAGUGUCAGCACAACACAGCAGGUGUAAACUGUGAGCAAUGUGCUGAUAUCUACAACGACCUGCCCUGGAGAUCUGCAGAGGAGGGAAACACACACACCUGCAAACGUUGUGAGUGUAACAACCACGCCCAGCGGUGCCGUUUCGACCCAUCUGUGUAUGAGGCGAGUGGAUGGAGGAGUGGGGGAGUGUGUGAGGGCUGUCUGCACCACACAACCGGGCCCAAAUGUGACCGCUGUGCCCCUGGAUACCAACUCAACCACCGGAGCAGCAUAGACCAGCCUGAUGCCUGCAUACGCUGCCAUUGCAGUGCAGAGGGGGCGGAGAAUGGGGGUCGGUGUGAUGAUGUCACAGGGUCGUGUCGCUGCAAGAUGGGAUACUAUGGCCUGACUGCCUCCAACCCUCUGGGCUGCACGAAGUGCUUCUGCAGUGCAGAGGGCUCCCUGUCCAGUGUGUGUGACCCUGUGAGCGGUCAGUGUCCCUGUCGACCUUACCACCAGGGGCUGACUUGUGAACUCUGUUCCCGUGGUUACUGGAACCCCUCCUCCCUCCACGGCUGUGAGCCCUGUCGCUGUGACCCCACCAACUCCCAUGGUGACACCUGCGACCGGAGUACGGGUCAGUGUCAGUGCAGGUCAGGGUUCGGAGGUCGUACCUGUACAGAAUGUCCUGACAACACUUACGGAGACCCCCUCAUUGGCUGCAGACUGUGUCAGUGUGCUGCUGGAGGCAUGGUACCAGGAGGCUGUGAUAAGCGUACAGGGGCCUGCCGGUGCCGUAUUGGUGUCAUAGGUACUCGUUGCGAUGCCUGUAGCCGUGGCCAUGUUUACUCCUUUCCCGACUGUGAAGUCUGCCCCUCCUGCUUCUUCUCUCUGGACUCCUACAUCCAGAACCUCACCCUGGGCCUAGAGAGACUCUCCGCCAGAAUCCCCUCUCGUCCUGGCGGCUCGUUGCCCACCGGUCUGGGUCUCCGCAUCCAGGCCUUGGAGGCCACUCUCAUCCAGAUACGUGACUCUCUCCCACUCCCAACUCCCUCUUUGAGACAAGUCAACGACGCCCUCUUUCAGCUACGCAGACUAAGGGACCAGUUAGAUCAGGUGGAUGGGGAUCUGUCACCCCAAGGCCGAGGCCUCGAGCUGGGCUCACAGCUGGACGAGUUGCAGGCUCUCCUGGGCGGUCUGGGUCUGCUGUACAACUCCAAGAGAGAUGCUCUAAGGAACCCUAUCAACUCCAACAAUGCAGGGGCCUUCUCUUCUAUAAAGAAUGCCUAUGACGAGUCCACGGAUGCGGCGAAGAGUGUGGAUGCUAGUGGGAAGACUGUAGAUCAAUCUUCAGCGGUCAGAGAGGACGCUCUUGACCUCCAGAACCAGGUUCAACCAGAAAACACCAGAGACCUGGAGAAACUCAACCAGCAGCUGAACACCAAACCUGACCUCUCACCCACUGCCAAGCAGGUGUGUGGCAGUGUGCGCUCUGCCCCUUGUAUCCCUGCCCAGUGUGAUGGUGAGCUGUGCCCUGCGGAGGGGGCGCCACCCUGUGGUCGUGGCGAGAGUUGCGUUGGGGCUCUGCCUCUGGGGACCCGAGCUGUGAGGGAUGCUGAGGAGGUAAAGGACAGACUGCAGCAGCUCAAUGGGAAGAUCACACAGGCUGCUGCACAGAUCCAGAAAACACAGGACACGGUCAAUCUGGUCAGACAGUCCACGGACGAUCUGGUCAAUCAGAUGAGGCGGGCCAGGGAUGACUUGGAGGCAGAUCUGCAGGAGACAAGAUACUUUGUUAAAGAGCUGAAGGACUUCCUGUCAGACCCGUCGUCAGACCCGACAGUCAUCAGCACGGUGAGUGAGUGGAUCUUGAACGCCAAGCUGCCUCUCAGUCUGGCAGCUCUGAAGAGGAAGCUUCAGGAGAUCAGAGCCCUGGCGGCAGGACUCCCAGACAGCAAAGCAGUCCUGGACCAGGCUGGACCACAGCUCGACACCGCCCGGCGCCUGCUACAGGAGGCCCAGGACGCCAGGGACGCUGGGCUGGGUGUGAAGGAUGAUGUUGACGGGCUGCUGGAGGGCUUCACCGCCGUGGAGGGCUCCCUCUCUGGCCUGAACGACAAAGUGCAGGACAGCCUGGACAUAGUGGAAGACAUCAGCAACAGUCUCGCACAGACCAAGGCCCAGUUGACUCCCGCGGUGAAGGCUCUAGGGGAGGUGUCUGCCCUGGCUGAGGGAAUGAAACCUCAGCUGGAGGGGCUCAAGGCGCUGGUGCGCUCUGGAGGUCUGCUGGCCCAGAAUGCUGAGGGAGAGGCCAAUAAGGCUAACAAGGAGGCAGAUGCUGCGACCAGGGACCUGGCGUCCCUGGAGAAGCAGCUGGAGCAGCUGCGUGCUGCAGAGAGGACCAGUGGUCAUGGCGAUGGGACUGGGACAACAGGUGAGCGUCUCCGGAAGCUGCAGGAGGAGGCUGGUUCUCUGGCCCAGGACACUGGAGACAUGAUGAAGGCACUAGCAGGUAAAGCAGACUCUCUGCGUAGACUACAGGAUGAGGUCCUACUGAAGUCCCAGAGGCUGACCGGUCUGGACGGCAAACUGCGGGACCUCCUGGCUGACAUGAGACAGAAGGUCAAGAUCCUCUCCACCUGCCAGGGCUGAGAGGUAAAAGGGCAGAGGUCAUCCUCAAAUAGCCUCUUCAUUGAGAUAGAGGAGCAAUGUUAUUUAUUUUGUCCCAUUUUGUAGAAUAAAUGUCCCGAUAAAUAUAUUUUUUCAUGACGUGCGGUUUUUAACUUUAUCCUAUGACAUCCCAGUGACAUCAUUAGGCCUGGGAUUUCUGGGGCUGCAGCCCUGAAUGUUUUUGGUCCAGCCCCAAACCUUUUGAUGAAUAUAGAAAUUGCAGGCUGUAUGUCUGAUAUGAGUUCCCAUACUGGCCUAUCACUUACACGCUAGGCAGUAUGCCAUAGAGACUGUUACGGAGUCUAGUUGACAAGGCUAUUGAACCAGACAUUGGUGUCUGUCUUUAUUCCUUUAUCCAACAUAUCAUACUGAAACAGAGACUGUCAUGAUUUUAGCAUUACUUUGCUGAAAACUGUGUGUCACUAGCCCAAACCGUUCAAAAGAUGUGAUCCAUUUUAACGGAGAUAUGUUGUUGUUGUUUUUUACUAUCGUGAAUUCGCUGGAAGCAUAAAGAUAAUCCGUGUCCCUGCCGCUUCAAAACCAGGCUACUUGGGGAUUGCUAAUUAGAUGAUUUGUUGAAUAACAAACAAGCUUGUUCAGUCACGAUACCUUAUUAGCUAACAACCUGGUAACUGGACAGGCACACAUUUGGUUUAAGAUGGCACACGGAGAAAGAGAUAGUGUACGUUUUAUCCUAGUGGGGGAGGGGGAAAAAAUAAAUAGAUGUAAUUUGGGUAGGGUGUAGUCUUGGGUAGAUUUGGACUUUGCCA